AUGCAGUGCGUCGCACGUGGAAGUGUCUCAGUCGCACGCCGCAUCGUCAACACGGCAACAUCGCCACGCCAGACUCACUCUGCUGCUGCUGCUGCUGCUGCUGCUCCCAUUGCCACCGCUUGUACUGCUGGUGCCGCUGCGGGUGGUGCUGCAGAGGCGACGCGGGGCAAUGGGCGAAUGGCAGUUGCGGCAACCUCGCCAGUGCUCAAACACAUGGGGGUUCGCUCCAUCGCGACAAGCGCAGCCACCCUGAGCCCACCCGCCUCGUCUGCCGCAACCAUCACCACAACCCCACUGCAUGCGAACAGCGCCAGUGGCAGCGGCAGCGGACCGGACGCGGCGUCAGGAACCGCGACGGACGCGAGUGCUUCGGCCGACGCUCCGGCUGCUCGACGACGACCACUGCGCGUUGAGGUGGUUGAUCUGGACAAGGACUUUGAUCGUAUCAUGGCGGGUGCCUCGCGUCCAGCUGCAGCGGCGCCGGCGAAUGCGUGGACGGCAGAUGUGUUUGCGCACCAAACCCGGUCGGCAGACCUCAAGGUACACACCUCAGCUGCUGCUGCUGCUGAUCCGAGCAUAGCAUUAGCAUUCGCAUGA